AUGGCCCGUCAAAAUUUUGUAGGACUGGUAGUCUCGCAAGGCAAGAUGCUCAAGACGGUAAAGGUACGUGUGGAGACCAAAGUGUUCAAUAAACGCAUCAACAAGGAGCUUUUCAGCAGGAAAGACUACCUGGUGCAUGACGAAGAAGGAAUCUCGCGUGAGGGCGAUCUGGUGCGUAUAGAGGCUACUAGACCAUUGUCGAAACGCAAGUUUUUCAGUAUCGCCGAAAUCCUCAAGAAUAAAGGUCAACAGUUUGCCCUGUACGAAUCCGAAGCGAAAAUCCAGGUGUCACAACAGGAAGCCGAGAAAACUCGCGAAUUUUUGAGCAGACGUAAGGCCCAGGAGUCAGACGACAGUGUUCUGCUUAAAGACAUUCAUACGAUACAAAAUGCGUUGUCUCAGGGCAAAGAUGCAGAGGAGCUCGUUGAAAUCAAGGCUCGGUAUGGAAUUGAGCAUUUCACGCCCGAAUCGUUGCGUCAACUCCUACAAUUGGAUAUUUUGGCACUCGAAAGCCAGGUUGAUGCCCAGAGAACUAAAAUCGAAACCGCCCAGCAGCGUGUUCGUGAACUGCUGGAUAACAGCCAGGAAUGUGAGUCGUGGCUGGCACAGCGCGGUGUUGAGAACCCAGCAAGUUUGAAGCCCAAUAUUAAGCGGAAUUUGCUGCGCAAGCAUGUCCUGCAAGAACUUUGA